AUGGCCAUCAUUAUUGUCUAUGCGGAGUAUCUCCAUUGUGGCAGGUUCAUGUCCACCACCGGUUGUGGGGCUCAUCCUCAUUCGGCCGUUGGCAUAGACCAAACCUGUGAAGACCUACCGUCCGAUACUGUCUGCAAUGGUCCAUUGAAGGCUGGGACCAACUACAAAUUCAAGUUACGACUCUUCACAGCGCCAAAUUUGUUCUCCGAUACAGAUUUCAGCGAGGUGAUCACCACAGAAGCUGCAGCACGUGGAGCUAUUCUGAAAAUCGCCGUUCUAGCGUUAGCUGUUGCAGUACUGUUGGGUAUUCUCGGCGUGGUAUUCACAUCCUAUUGGAACCGAUCCAAAAAAGCCAGGGCAGCAUACGCUUCAUCGAAAGAAUCCCAGUGGGCGGCACUCAAAAUGAUAAUGGCCGAGCGAGCAGCAGACUGUCUGGCCAAACUGGGGCUCGACGGUUCCAUUCAUAACAGCGAAAUACCCAGUCAACAGUCUCAUCUUCAACCUUCGUUCGGACAUCAUCGACGAUGUCGCAGUCUGAGAGAGCGAACAGGCGUUGAUCACCGUUUGGAACGACUUCCCAGUGGUCCAAUCAACAAGACUCCACUGUAUACGGUGAUCACUGGUGUCAAUACUAAUAAGAGCCGUCCUGUGAAAAUUGCGGAUUUUGCUGAACAUGUUCGUAUGAUGGCUGCUGAUUCUGAUUUUCGUUUUUCUGAAGAGUAUGAGAUCUUGCGAAAUGUUGGAUGCGGACAGUCAUAUACAGCUGCCGAAUUACCCGCAAAUAAACCAAAGAACAGAUUUACAAAUAUCCUCCCAUACGAUCACUCCCGGGUCCGUUUGAUGCAAGCGGGUGAUCACGAAGGUGCCGACUAUGUCAAUGCAAACUUCAUGCCGGGUUACUCAUCAAGGCGAGAAUUCAUCGCUGCACAGGGACCACUGCCCACGACCAGAGACGCCUUUUGGCAGAUGGCAUGGGAGCAGCACUGUCCGGCUAUUAUAGCGUUGACGAAGUGCGUGGAGAAAGGGCGAGAUAAAUGCCAUCAGUACUGGCCUGAUGCAGAACACUCCAGUGUCGUGUACUCUGACAUCGAGGUGACCCUGCUGAACGAGUCAUCGUUUGAGGAUUUCACCAUUCGGGAAUUGCGUUUGAAAAAACUACACGAGUCAGCGCCACCUCGUGUCAUAUGGCAUUUUCACUAUAUGGCUUGGCCGGACUUUGGUGUACCCGACCAUCCGCAGGGAAUCAUUCGAUUCGCUCUGAUGUUUCGGUCGAGGCUUCCGCACUCCGCGCUGAACAAGCCGACCAUCGUCCACUGCAGUGCUGGAGUUGGGAGGUCAGGCACAUUCAUUGCAAUCGAUCGUCUUCUACAAACGAUACAAAUCGAUCGGCCUAUCGACGUCUUUGGAAUUGUGCACGAAAUGCGAUACGAGCGAUGUCAUAUGGUUCAAAAUGAAGUGCGUAGGCUUUAUUCUUUUCGAUUCUAUAUUUAA